CACAACAUGGUUUCCUGAAAGGGAAAUCAACAAAUACUGCCAUCUAUCAAUUUGUAAAUAUGAUACUCCAGGAAUUUGAGAAGAAAAAUGUAACUAUUGGCAUGUUUUUAGAUCUUAGCAAGGCCUAUGACUGCGUGAACCUCAAAUAUUUACUGAUAAAACUUGAAAAAUAUGGUAUAAGAGGAAAAGCACAUAAGUGGAUUGAAUCUUACCUCCUAGAGAGAAAACAACAGGUCAUUAUUAAUGAAAACAGAUCCAAGAUUGUAGUCAAAGAAAGAGGCCUAGCACAAGGCAGUAAUGCAGGUCCCAUUUUCUUCAUCAUUUACAUUAAUGACCUUAUCAUGGAUGGAAUGGUGAACUAUGUGGACGACACCAACAUAUUGGUUUCUGGAAAGACGCUAUCAGAGGUAACUGAGGAGGCAGGGGCCAGUUUGUCUGGAAUCUGUAGUUGGUUCAAUAGGAAUGAAUUGGCACUGAAUGCAUCAAAGACAAAUAUCAUGGUGUUUAGAACGAAGAAUUCCCGAAUUAAUCUGGGUGAUAGCAUAAACCUGAAUGGUGAGGAAAUGAAACCUGUUCCUGAGACAAGAUUCCUGGGAGUUCACAUUGAUGAGUUCUUAGACUGGAACAAUCAUGUGGAAAAAACUGGGUUGAGACUGAGUAGCAUUGGAUAUGGAAUCAGGGUGGUGUCAAGAUAUAUGGACGAGAAAACAUUGAAAAUACUGUACCAUGCUAACUUUGAAUCUGUACUAAGAUAUGGGAUUGUGUUCUGGGGAUGCAGCUCCAGUAUACAGCUCCUUUUCAUUAUACAGAAAAGAACCAUAAGAGCACCAGGAUGAAUUCAGGUCCAACUAUGUCCAUGGAUAUAAUACAAGGACGACGAACCUCACUUAUCCGUCUCAUCGGCUUACAAGUACAGAAAAAGGUCCCUAUUAUAUGUGCUUAAAACUUUACAAUAAACUACCAAAUACAUGCAGAUUGUCUAGCCUGAUAAAAUUCAAACAUACUAUAAGGAAACUCCUGAUUAAACUGGAACCAUAUUCACUUGGCGAUUUUUUAAAUUGUAACAACUUGCCAGAGUUUGUUUAAAUUGUAUAUACUUACAUGCUGAAUGCUGAUAUUGACAUCAUUUCAUUCCUCUCUAUGUAAUUUUACCUGGAGAUGAUUUGAAAUAAAGGAAUUAUUUAUUUA